AUGGAUUCACCUCUUGUGGAUAAGGAGGGUUUCCCGUUCAGUCAUAUCGAUGUGUACAGUGUUCGACAAGCCAGACAUAACAUUAUCUGCUUGAGGAAUGACCGAAAAAAUCUAACGGAGCAAAUUGAGAAAGCCAUACAGGACUCACAUGCAGAAAUGCGAGCAGAAGAAAGUGGUUCGAAGGAAGCUGAAAAAUCUGACGAGCAGCCAAAUUCUAACUCUAGGGAAUGUGGAGGUGAGACAAGAGUCCCAGAGAAGGUAAGAUUGCUGUAUUGGCUCUUGACGAUAUUUAUGCGCACGUUUUCGGUGACAACGGUCAUUCCUAAUUCUCCUGCAGCUGAAGGCGGUCUUCGAGCUGAUGACUUAAUUAUUCAAUACGGCAACCUGCAUGCUGAUAAUUUCAAAGAGAUGAAGGAAGUGUCCAAGACGACGGCUGAGCACGAGGGGAGAAAAUUACGCGUAACGGUCUUGCGAAAUCAUCGUGCAGCUCGGUUGGAAAUUUUUCCGAAGCGAUGGGCGGGGAACGGCAUCUUGGGCUGUGGGAUUGUGCCUAUCUCUACAAAUGAUAUUAUCUGA